GUCGUAAAAUGUUUACGGCGCURUCACAGAUGAUAACGCAAUGAUGAACAACGCCGUUGCUUUCGUCGUAUUUGUUAUUUAAAACGUCUUUCACAGAGUGACGCUCCCAGACUCCGCUGGAUGAUGGAUCCAGUAGUGCUGAGCUACCAGGACAGCCUGUUACGGCGCUCCGAUGUCUCCUUACUGGAAGGACCUUACUGGCUUAAUGACCGAGUGAUCGGGUUUGCCUUCGAGUAUUUUGCCAGUGAGCGUUUCAGAAUCCUGGGGAAGUCCAUCAUCUUCAUCAGCCCAGAGGUCACGCAGUUCAUCAAGUGCGCUUCUUGUCCUGGCGAGUUAGCCGUUUUCCUGGAGCCGCUGGAUCUCCCCUCCCGUCGUUGGGUCGUCUUGGCCGUCAACGACAACUCCAACCAGUCAGCCGGAGGAUCCCACUGGAGCCUUUUGUUCUAUCACCAGAACUCCAACCUCUUCGCGCACUACGACUCGCGAGAUGGCAGCAAUUCGCUGCAUGCGCGACGCAUCGCCAGCAAGCUGGAGCCUUUCCUGGGCGGUUGGAGUAAAGCGCUGUUCGUGGAGGAAUCCUGCCCAUCGCAGCAGAACAGUUAUGACUGCGGCAUGUAUGUUAUCUGCAUUGCUGAGGCCUUGUGUGAGAAGGUCAUGCUGGAGGGCUCGCCACGCCUCCCUGUGCAGAUCAUCACCCCGGCCUACAUUACCCAGAAGCGAGCCGAGUGGUGCAGAUUGAUCCAGACUUUGGCUCAGAACAACAUCAGCUGCWCUGUCUUUCCCUUAGCACGUUGAGGGCCCGCCUCACUAUAUGCAGAACAGCUAUCAGCUAUCUACUGCUGGAGAACCUGAAUGCACUCCUUAAAUACAGCGUAUAGCUACAUAUUAAAUAUAUUUCUAUUACAGUCUCUAUUGUAUUAUAAAAGUAGAGCAAUGUUGGAAUUUGUAAUGCUCGAGAGAAGAGUUGGUAUCAUGUUUGUCCCGUGUAUAUGCAGAGCAACAUACAGUAUGUAAACAAGAACACCAGCAUGCCUAUAAAACUAAAAGGUGUAUGUGCUUUGUGAGGCGGAGGAGGAUUUUUUUUUUCUCUCAGUUUCAGCAGUUUGGAGUGAACGCUGUGAUGUUUACACAGAUUUAUUGCUCAGGGUCAUUGAAAAUGAACUGACUUGACAAUAAGAAUGUGCAUAUUUAGCUGGCUCCUACGUCGUGUCACUCGUGGUCACUUUGUGUUUCGGUUCGAACCCUCUACGUCCAAACUGUAGGACUUUGUGGUGUGAGGCUGAGACGUGCGCUGUGUGGGUUUUUAUUUUUAUUUUUUGGGGGGACAAAGGGCAUUGUUGAGUGUUGGAAUGUAUGUAUCAAACUUGCUGUCUGAUCUGAUAAAAGUGGCUGCUGUCACGUUUUUCUGAAGAGAAAAAAAA